AUGGAUGAUAUAUCUGAUGUUGAAGAAUUUCAAUUUGACGAAGUAAAUCCUGAAUUUGAACAGGAAUCUGAAACAGAGUCGUUGGUAGAGGAAUUAAUUGACAAUAAAGAAAUUCCAGAGAUAGCAUGUUUUAUAUCCUGGUUUCACAUAAAAACUAUAAUUCAUUCCAACCUACCUAUCGAAUAUUCAGCUACUUCACCAGAAGAAGUUGCAACAAUAUUCCAUAUUACAGAUUGGGCUGAUCCAAGUCAUGCAUAG